UCCAAAUUAGGUGUCAAACAACAUCUACUAGGUUAGGCCGGAAAUUCUGGUAACUUUUUGACGGAUUGGAUUUUUUUCUGCGAGGGAGACAGAAUGUCUGUUCUUAGGCCAUUUACCUGCAAUGAUAUGUUUCACUUCAAUAAUGUUAAUUUGGAUCAUUUAACGGAAACCUAUGGAUUGUCUUUCUAUCUCACCUAUUUAGCUCAAUGGCCGGAAUAUUUUGAGGUUGUGGAAUCCCCCUUGGGGGAGAUAAUGGGUUACAUUAUGGGGAAAUCCGAGGGACACCUUGAGAAUUGGCAUGGACAUGUGACUGCCCUUACUGUCUCCACGGACUACAGACGCUUGGGCCUAGCAGCUACCCUAAUGAAGUUCCUGGAGGAUGUUUCAAACAAGAAAAUGGCAUUCUUCGUAGAUCUCUUUGUACGAGUUAGCAAUAAGAUAGCCAUCAAUAUGUACUCCAACCUGGGCUACAUAAUAUAUAGAACAGUCCUAGAUUACUACUCCGGGGAUCCAGAUGAAGAUGCAUUCGAUAUGCGGAAAUCCCUUGCAAGAGAUGAAUACAAGAAAGCAAUGAUCCCUCUCUCACAUCCUGUCGUACGAUCCGAUGAGGUUGAAUAAAAAAAAUCUCUCAUUAAA